AUGGACGCCAACCGCCCAACGCGGGCCGACCGCCCACCCCUCCCCCCGCGCCUUGGGAGUGGUAGCAACAGCCGGAUCCCGUCUCGUAGUGCACCACGGCGUCAAACCGGCCGCCGAGACUCUGCCGAAACAACCGGUCGCGCUGGGCAAGCCCGCCAGAUCCUGUCCCCUGUUCCAGUGACGAUGGGCCACAACGGCCUCACGCCGCCUCCGCUGCCGCCGCGCGGCUCGAGCCCGAGCGUAUUCUCGGGCCGUGAGGGAAGCACCUUCUCAAGGCGUAACGGGACGAUCACGAGUCCGCCACCGGAGGACCUCGAGCUCUUCGCACACCACUGUCGCCUGUUCUUCUUCUCAGCCACGCCGCCCGAGACGUCGCAAGCAUACAUCACUGCCACGCUCGCUAAGAUGCCACCCGCACACCGCGCGGCCUACACCCGUGUACAGUCGCAGCUGCGGUCUGAAGCGCACCUCCAUCACCUACGUGUGCGCAUCAGCAGCUUCCACGCGCUCCUGUCGUCCACUCUCUCGAACGGCUCGCUCUCGCUCCCGGCACGUUCGGAAUUAGGCAGUCCGCGAGCACGUUCUGAACGUGCUGAGCGCCUCGACCACUUUAUUCGCACGUGGGGCACCUCCUCCACUGGGCCCCAGCUGCCGUUCUUCCGCGGCCUGUGGGGUGCUUUGUGUGUGCAGAGUCGUGGGCCUAAGCGCGGUGGCGCUGGCGUGCGCCGCGUCGUGUGGGAGAUUGACGACGCCGUGUUCCUCGAGUCGGGUGGACCAGAGUUUAUGGCCGAGGCGGUUGCGGUGCUCAAGGGCGUGCUCGGAUUCGAGGACCAGCCCCUUAGCACGCCGCCCAAGUUGCGGCGAGCCAGUCCCAGUCCAAACUCUCCAGAAGAUGAUCCAGAUUCGCGUGCGCGCUCCGGCUCGGACCCAUUCACGGACCGGCGCACACCAGGCGGUACUCCACCCCUUCCGCAACCACGCAAAAGCUCGGGCCGCGGCCCUGCUCCGCCUCCCCCCAUGUCGCGUCGUAAGGCUUCACCCAACCUGGACGAGGCUCAAUGGCACGACAACGGCGCACCUCUGUCGCCCCUCUCACCUGACAGCCCAGGAGACCGCGAGGCACUGUUAAGUGGGGUACCGCGCUCGCCUUUGAGCUUAGCGCCGAUGACCGCACACGACCGGGACAGCAUCGACAGCCGUUCUUUUGACCUCGGAGAGGAGGAGGCGGAGCUGAAUCGCCCACGUUUCCGGCUGUGGACGUUCCCUGCGCACAUCGCUGACGACGAGGCGGUCGCGCUUAUGCGCCUCUUCCCGCGCUUUGUUGGCCGCGGCGUCGACCCGCGCCUCAGGGCCAGCACCCCCGCACCGCGCGACAAGGACCUCGAACUUGGCCUCGUGUCCGGUGUAGCGGGGGACGUGUGGAGCACGUUGUCCGCCGACGGAGUUGAGGUGCGCCUCCCGCGCCCGGAGCGCGAGGAUGAGGCUGGUGUCGUGCGCUGUGGCACUGGUAGGAUGUGGGCCGGCGGCGCGGACCGCAGAGCUGGGUGGGAAGGAAGCGCGUGGUUCCGCUUCAAACGCUGGUGGCGGCGCCUGUUUGGCCUCACGUAG